CAGGGAGACAGCAGAUCAGAGUGUUCAAUCAACCGCUCCUCCAGCACUCACCCCCAACAUGCUCUAGACUCCACAAACUCUCUCUCUCUCACACACUCACUCACACACUGCUUACUGACUGUGCUGACUAACCGGGGCUGUGCAGGAAUGAGGGGUCUGGCUGCUCUCGCGCUGCUGCUGCAGCUGUGUGCUGCUGCUGCUGCUCUGGCUGAUCCUGAGGAAGACUACACUGAAGAUGUGGAGCUGAUCCUGUCCCUCAUCCGCAAAGACGACUCCCAAGCCGAGCUCGAGUCUGCGCCCUCCGCUCAGUUCCUCAGGUGCACCAAGGCCGAGUGGCGCGUGCCCGGUAACUAUAUCGUGGUGCUGCGGAACGGGACGCACGAGAAUCAGGUGGAGCGCACGAUGCGCGCGCUGAGAGCCAGAGCGGCGAGGCGGGGCUACCUGACGGAGAUCACGCGCACCUACUCCGGAGCAGUGCGCGGGUUCCUGGUGAAGAUGAGCAGCGACGUCCUGCACAUGGCGCUGAAGCUGCCUCAUGUGGAUUAUAUUGAAGAGGACUCGACAGUGUUUGCGCAGGGUCUGCCCUGGAACCUGGAGCGCAUCGUCCAAACCGAGCACGAGAGCGGAAAAUACACACCACCCAAUGAUGGAGCUCAGGUGGGGCUGUACCUCAUGGACACCAGUGUUCAGACGAGCCAUCGUGAGAUCGAGAGCAGAGUGAUGGUGACGGAUUUCAACAGCGUGCCGGAGGAGGACGGGGUCAGGGUUCACAGGCAGGCCAAUCAGUGUGACAGUCACGGCACACACACAGCAGGGGUGGUGAGUGGGCGAGACUCAGGCGUUGCGCGUGGCGUCAGUGUGAACAGUGUGCGGGUCCUCAACUGCCAGGGCAAAGGCACUGUGUCUGGAGUGAUGGCAGGUCUGGAGUACAUCCGUGCAUCUCUGCAGACACAGCCCAUCAGCCCUCUGAUUGUUCUGUUGCCGUUUGCUGGGGGCUUCAGUCGUACUCUCAACACUGCUUGUCGGGAGAUGGUGCGGUCCGGCGCAGUUCUUAUAGCCGCAGCUGGAAACUACCAGGAUGAUGCCUGUCUGUAUUCACCAGCCUCAGAACCUGAGGUCAUAACAGUGGGCGCCACCAACGCUGCUGACCAGCCACUCACUGCAGGGAACACAGGCACCAAUGUAGGCCGCUGUGUGGAUGUGUUUGCUCCUGGUGAUGACAUCAUCAGUGCCUCCAGUGACUGCCCCACCUGCUUUACUACAAAGAGUGGCACUUCACAGGCAGCUGCACAUGCAGCUGGUAUCGCAGCAGUGCUGCUGAAUGCUAAGCCCAGCGCCAGCUCUGCUGAAGUGCUCCAGCUCCUCCGUCACCACUCAGUCCAGCAAGUGAUGAACCUGGAUUCUCUUCCUGCAGAACAUCGCCUCACUACCCCCAACAUGGUGGCUGCCCUACCAAAAUCCACCUCUGCACUCUCAGAUGAUGCGCUGCUGUGUCGCUCGGUUUGGUCUGAGAAGUCAGGGGUCUCAAGCUUCGAUACAGCAGUGGCUCACUGUCGCCAGGGUGAAGAGAUGUUCAGCUGCUCCAGCUAUUCAUCAGGAAGCCGAGCUGGAGAGAGAAUAGAGAUGCAGGAUGGGCAGAAGCUGUGUGUGGCCCAUAAUGGCGUCGGAGGGCAGGGAGUGUAUGCCAUAGCCCGCUGCUGCACAGGGAACAGUGUGCAGUGCCAGAGCAGUGCCAGUCCCCACACAGGCACAGAUGCAGAAUGCCCUACUCCAGAGCACCAGCUCACAGGCUGCAGCUCUCACGUUGAGUCCGGAGGCGUGAUUGAUCCCAUGCGGCCUCUCCACAGCAGCCGAAAGGCGUGUCCUGCCAGAGUGGGCACAACAUCGCAUGCUUCCUGUUGCCACGCCCCCAAUCUGGAGUGCAGGUUGAUUGAGCAUCACCCGUCUAGCUUUAAGGAGCAGGUGGAGGUGUCGUGCGAGGACUCCUGGACCUUGACAGGAUGUAACUCAGUCUCUCACGGUUCAGUCACUCAUGGUGCGUUUGGCCGAGGCAACACCUGCGUGGUGAAGGCGUCUGACCAGGGUAAAGGAGCAGCUGCUAUUGCCAUCUGCUGCAGGUAUCGCCCACUGCAGCACGAGUCCAGCAAACACAGCCAUGAACAAAACAACCACUAAAGCUCUGCUUCAUACCAACCUCUACCAACCAGCUGUCCACUCUGCAGCUCCUGUUCCUGCGCUCUGAUUAGGACAGUUCCUAAGAGGAGAUCUGUGUGUGAUCUGGAGUGACUCUUAUUGUCUAUUGCACUGUAUAGUCCUGCUUUCAUUUUUCCUAUUCAGGCUAAUGCCUCCAAGGUGCUAUAAACCACCAGUUAGCACUGUGCAUAAUGCAUGUAGAGGUCAUUGCGCCUUUGUUUUAAACAGUGUUGAGUUGUAAUGUAGUCUCUAAUAGACCUGCACAUGAGGGUUCUGACACUGUGACGAAUUGAAGUACUUUAACUUUAAGACCAUUUAGAGAGAGUCUUCUAUCAACACUCCACAGUAAACAUGACUCUUCAUGACUGAUGAAUUGUGACAUUACUGUACACACUCCUAAAUAUAAAUGUGUCAAGUUGGUUCUUUGGAGUGAUCCUACAGAACAGGGUUGCCCAUUCUUAGCCCUGGAAAACUACACCCUUCUAGAUUGAAGUAGAGCAUCAUUUCCAAAGAAGUUGGGACACUGUGUAGAGUGUAAAUAGAUUUAAAUAAAAAGUGAAUACAAUGAUGUGCAACUCUCAUAGACCCAUAUAUUAUUCACAAUAUUUAACACAUAUCGUCGCUGUCCUAUGAAAAACACUUAUCUCCAUUUUUGUCGAUUUUUAGUUUACUACAUAAUUUGAACAGAAAAACUGUCCAUUACACUGUGCCAAAAUUUCUUGAUGAACGGACCAAUAGAAACUCUUCAAAAUGACCUGAAAUAAACACUUUUUACAUUGACUUCCAUUAAGAGUUUUAAGGUUAAAUUACCUUUUUUCAAUCUCCUGUUAAGUUGCUGUUUUUUGAGAUAAGUGUUUUUCAUUGGACAGCGAUGAUAUAAAAGUAUGAUAUUUUAACAUUUCACGAAAAUCUGCUGCCAUUCAUAGAACUUGAUGGCAGCAUAACAUCUCAAAACUGUUUCUAAAAAUGACAAUUUAACAAAUUGUUCCUUCACAUACACUAAAGUGUUCCUGCUUUUUAUGGAAUUGGGGUUGUAGAUGUCAAUCACCAGCAUUGGGCACCUCUACUAUAGAAAGAACCACUGCAGAAACCCCCAUAUGGUCCACACUGUAGCUCUGUCCCCGUGUUGUAAACUAGGUUGUACCAUAUGCUGUUUCUGGAGGAAACUGCCCAGGAUAAACUAAACUUUUGGUAAGUUUUUUUUUUUUUUUUUUAAGAACCAUACUCAAAGUUUUUUUAGAUAACCCCCUACAGAUUUUUUUUUGUAUUUGCUUUUUCUUUUGCUUUAUCGUACUGAUCAUUUUCUGGUUAUCAAACAUUAAUAUCAGACAAUGAUAACCUGAGUAUUUAUAAACAUCACUUUUUAAAUAAUUAUUUUAUUUAUUAAAGGAAAAAAAAACUAUCCAAACAAAUCUAGGCCUGUGUGAAAAAGUGUGUGCACCCUAAACCCAAUAACCCUUGGCGGCAGGAACUGCAGUUUGGCUUUACCAAUAACUUGAGCAAUGAGUCUUUCACAUCUCUGUGGAGGAAUUUUGGCUCACUCUUCUCUACAGAAUUGUUUUACCUCGUCCACAUUUGAGGGAUUAUAAGAUCAUGCCACAGCACGAUAGGUCACUCCCAAAAAAAAUGUAGUUUUUUUUAACCACUCAGAGUUGGAUAUGUUUGUGUGCUUUGGGUCAUUGUCCUGCUGCAAAACCCAAGUACACCUCAGCUUCAGGCCAUGAACUGGCUGGACAUUCUCCUUCAGGAUUUUCUGGUAAACAGCAGAAUUAUUGCUUCCAUCUAUUACAGCGAGUUCUUCAGGCCCUGAAGCAGCAAAGCUGCACCAAAUCAUCACACUACCACAACCAUGUUUUAGAUUCAGUAUGAAUUUUUUUUCUGAAAUUAAUUGUUAAUUUUAUGUGACAUCCACCAUCCCAAUUUUGUCAUGUCAGACCAAAGAAUACUUUUUGAGCAAAUGGGAGAUGGGCCUUUGUGUUCUUUUUGGUCAGCAGUGUUUUUUGCCUUGGACUUCGUCCAUUAAUACAAUUUGCAACCAGUCUCUUUUUUACUAUUACUAUAAUCAUUAAUACUGACUUCAUGUUGUCAAAAAGGUUCUAUUUAAGUGGGUUUUUUUUAUUCUACAGGUCUGGUGGUAAUCAGGCCUGGUUGUGGUUAGUAGUAAAAAUUUAAAUUAGCUUUCCAAAAAGUGUGAUUAGUCAGUUAAUUUAUGGGGGGGGGGGGGCAAACACUUUUUCACACACGGCCAAUGUAUGUAUAAAGCAAUACUCAAAUAUUUAUAAGGAGUAUAUGGCAGAAAUCACAACACGAUGUAAUACUGUUAUAAAAUUAUUGAGAAAAGUAUAAUAUGCAUUAAAAUCCACUCCCUCCCAGCCCUCUAUGAAUAUGUUUAUGCAUGAUGUUCAUGAUGUAAAAUUUCAUAUAAACAGAAGUUCCACAUUUACACAUCAAUACAGUGGUAACUCUCACUCCCAGAUUUCAUAAAGCAUCAAGCUAUUCAUCAAAAUUAAGUAUUGCUUUUUAAAUACAGGUGUAUUCAAAAGUCACAGGGCACGCGCUUAUUUUAGAAACUAAAGGCUAAAGGGAAAAUGACCCUUUUGAAAACCCCAGCAAGUUAUGGAUGAGGAGGCCUAUGGCCAUGGAGGAACAUGGCCGCCAUCUUGAAAGCUGCCAUAUUUCGGCAGUGCAAAUAUUUUUUUUCUUGUAUUUGUUAAUAAAACUGUGGUCUUGGAAUGAAGAAACAGCAUACAAUACAAAAGAGACACAAAUCUCUGAUCAUUUACAGCUACCUUUCACAUUAUUUAUCUGUACUGUACCAAUGGAAAGCAUUUUUCAUUUUAUACUCCAUUGUAUUUUAUCUGCUGAAUCCUUUUCUGUUUUUGUUUGAAGGUCUUCACUUCAUUCUUGGUCUUUGUUGAGCAACACUUUCUUUAUAUGGUCCAUUAUAGAUGCCUCAAACAUGCUAAACUAAUACUCAACUGAAUGUCUAUUACAUUCAACUAGAAGUCAAAGUUUAAUUUAAAUGAUUUUGUAUAGAACCUAACUCUAAUCUAGAUCUUAAAUCUAACCAUAAAAAGUUUAGAUUAGAGUUUGGGUUAGAAUUGGGUGUAAGGUUACACUCAAUAGAGAUUUAUAUUUGAAUGUUAGUUGAGCGUCUAUAAGGAUCUUUAGUGGUCAAUCCAAAUAAAGUGAUUGCCUUUUUUUUUUUUUUUGCACACAGUGUGCUCUAUGCUUAUUUUGUAAAUGUUCUGUUCUGAUUUGUUUUGUAAGAAUAAAAGGA